AGAAGCGCUGUCUGCUGUGAGCCUGGAUGGAGGUGCCCUGUUUGAGUGGGGUGGCGCCUCGUGGAUGAUUGCUGGGUUGGGCAAGAGGAGGGACCCGGACACCCUGUUUUUCUGUUUCAUUUCCAAAUCCUGGAGUGUCUUUUAGCCAAUGGUGUCUUUUAGCCAACACCUCUAUUAACCUCCUGGCCUCUCCUAGUGCUUCAAAGCGCCUUUCUUCUCCAGCUCUUGUAGGGAGAUUCUCCCUCGAGAAGCUCCAUUCUCCUCUGUCCAGCAUCUCCAGGGCACUCAGAUGCCCUAUCUGAACCACACCUCCACUUCUUAUCCCCUUGAACAGCAUUUCUUUCUUCCCCCUCUCCUUCUCCAGGAAGCCUUCCUUGAAUGACUCUCAGUGGGUUUGCUCAGGCCAUCCCUCCCCAUCCCCCAGCAAUGAAGGCCAGGUCUGGCUGCUUCCUUGUCUUCGGGACGUGCCCAUCUCUCCCACCAGCCUGGCAGCACCGAGGGCAGGGUUGGGGUGUCCUUCUCUCUUGGGCUCCACACGUGUCGGGCACCUAUUCUCCAGGUGUGUCAGAGUAAGUCAGCUGGAGCCGGUAACAGACACAGUCAGGCCAAGAGCAUCCUGCUCUCCAAGGCCCAGCCCAGGCACGGGAGGGGAUAAAAGUCCCGUGCCGGGGCCUCGGGGCAGGAACUCACACACCUUGACGGUCCUCUGUCUGGAGCUGUCUGACUGUCGGUCUCUGCCAUGUCUCUCUCCUCAUGCCGGGCCCAGAGGGGCUUCAGCGCUCGCUCAGCCUGUUCUGCUCGCUCUGGGGGCCGUGGCAGGGGCAGCUUCAGCAGCAGGAGCCUCAGUUCCUUCCGGGGGUGCCGAGGAGGCUCUCGUGGGAGGGCCUGGGGGUCGGGGGGAAGGCUGGGGGUGCGGUUAGGGGCGGGGAGUGGUGGGCCUGGGCUUUCCCUGUGCCCUCCGGGGGGCAUCCAGGAAGUGACCAUCAACCAGAAUCUGCUGACCCCACUGGAGAUUGAGAUCGACCCCCAGUUCCAGGCCGUGCGGACUCAGGAGACCCGGGAGAUCAGAGCCCUCAACAACCAGUUUGCUUCCUUCAUUGAUAAGGUGCGGUUCCUGGAGCAGCAGAACAAGGUCCUGGAGACCAAGUGGCACCUGCUCCAGCAGCAGCAGGUGAGUGACAGCCCCAAAGGCCUGGACUCCUUCUUUGAGGCCUACCUCGCUCAGCUCAGGAAGCAGCUGGAGCAGCUCCAGAGAGAACGAGGGGCCCUGGAUGCCGAGCUGAAGUCCUGCCGGGACCAGGAGGAGGAGUAUAAGACCAAGUACGAGCAGGAGGCCCACAAGCGCGCCACGGUCGAGAAUGACUUUGUGGUCCUCAAAAAGGAUGUGGAUGGGGUUUUCCUGAGCAAGAUGGAGUUGGAAGGCAAGCUGGAGGCCCAGAGAGAGUACAUCUGCUUCUUGAGGCAUCUCUUCGAGGAAGAGCUGGGCCAGCUCCAGACCCAGGACAGCGACAUGUCUGUGGUGCUGUCCAUGGACAACAACCGCUGCCUGGACUUCAGCGACGUCAUUGCUGAGAUCCGUGCCCGGUAUGAGGAGAUCGCCCGGACCAGCAAAGCGGAGGCUGAAGCGCUGUACCAGACCAAGUACCAGGAGCUUCAGGCAUCUGCCCAGCUUCAUGGGGACAGCAUGAAGGAAACCAAAGUCCAGAUCACUCAGCUGCAAAGGGAGAUUCAGAGGCUGCAGAGUCAGGUUGAAAACCUCAAGAAGCAGAAUGCCAACCUGCAGGCUGCCAUCGCCGAUGCCGAGCAUUGCGGGGAGCUGGCCGUCAAGGAUGCUCAGACCAAGCUGGAGGAGCUGGAGGCCGCUCUGAGGACGGCCAAGCAGGACAUGGCGCGGCUGCUGCGUGACUACCAGGAGCUGAUGAGCACGAAGCUGGCCCUGGAUGUGGAGAUCGCCACCUACCGCAGGCUGCUGGAGGGCGAGGAGUGUCGGAUGUCUGGGGAAUGCACCAGCCAGAUCACUAUCUCCAUGGGAGGAGGCAGUGCUGUCGUGUCUGCAGGAGCAGGUGGUGGCCUGGUGGGCACCUGUGGACUCGGAGGCGGGAAAGGCAGUUUUGGGUCCAGCUGCUCCAGCGUUGUGACCGGAGGCUCCAACGUUAUCCUGAGCUCUGGGCAGGGCCCUGUCUCGGGCUCCAGCUCUGUGUCUGGCACCAGCUCCAGCUCCAGCUGCCAUACCAUCCUGAAGAAGACUGUUGAGUCAAGUCUGAAGAUGUCCGUCACACACUGAGUGACCAGGCAGACACUUGCCACCCCCGCCUUCCUGAGCCCUUUCAGCCCUGCUCCCACCCCAACAUCCCCAUCCCCGCAUAGCCAGCUCUGUGUCCACCGCCCACAGCCCAAGCUGGCCCACAGGGAGCUCUGCAGAAGUCAAUAAAGUCAUGCUUGCCUGCUCUUCUGAACACUCACCCA